GGCGGGCUGGACUCAACCUGGCGGCUGGAGUCCAGUCCCAGCGCGGUGGAUCGCGGAGCACGUCCCAGCCGAGUGGCUCGCCCGACGCGUCGGGGUUGUAACUGUAAUGGGCACCGAGGGGAAAACCGGGAAGAAACUGCUGUUUCUCUUCACGUCUGUGAUCCUUGGCUCUUUGGUACAAGGCAAGGGAUCAGUGUACACUUCUCAGCCCGACGUCCAAGUUGCCGAGAAUAACUCUGUCAAGCUGUCCUGUACCUACUCUGGCUUCUCCUCUCCCCGAGUGGAAUGGAAGUUCGUCCAAGGUGACACUACCACGCUUGUUUGCUAUAACAGCCAGAUCACAGCUUCCUAUGCAGGUCGUGUUACUUUUUCGUCCAAUGGCAUCACAUUCAACUCUGUGACCCGGAAAGACACUGGAGCGUAUACUUGUAUGGUCUCUGAGGACGGUGGCCAGAACUAUGGGGAAGUCAACAUCCACCUCACCGUGCUUGUGCCCCCAUCCAAGCCGACGGUCAAUAUCCCCUCCUCCGUCACCAUUGGGAACAGGGCAGUGCUGACCUGCUCAGAACAAGAUGGUUCCCCACCUUCUGAGUAUUCCUGGUUCAGGGAUGGGAUAGACAUGCUUACAGAUGCCAAGAAAACCCGUGCCUUCGUCAAUUCUUCAUACACCGUUGAUCCAAAGACAGGGGACCUGAUCUUUGAUCCUGUGACAGCCUUUGAUACUGGCGAAUACUACUGUCAAGCCCAGAAUGGCUUUGGGACAGCCACGAGGUCAGAGGCCGUACGCAUGGAUGCUGUGGAGCUGAAUGUGGGGGGCAUCGUGGCUGCUGUCCUGGUAACACUGAUUCUCCUUGGAGUCUUGAUUUUUGGCAUCUGGUUUGCCUACAGCCGAGGAUACUUUGAAAGAACAAAGAAAGGGACCGCACCAAGUAAAAAGGUGAUCUACAGUCAGCCCAGUACUCGAAGUGAGGGGGAGUUCAAACAGACCUCGUCAUUCCUGGUGUGACCUCCUGCAGCUCUUCUGUCUCUUCUCCACUUGUCUUACUCAGGUGCUACAGGUUCCAGCCCCUGCUGGCUGUAGCUGCACAGGAUGCCUUCAAUGUCUUCUAGGUCUCACAGGACCCCUUGCUUUUAUUUUAGCUAGGAUACGGUUUUAAUAACGUUAACGUCGGCUAUUUCUCCAUUUCUCCCUCCUCUUUCCUGCCCACCAUGGCCUGAGACUAGUUACAAAGUCUCAUUCCCUGUUCUGAUGUGGAAUUGGACAAGAGUCCUAGAUUAGGCAGCAAAAAUGACUGGACUGACGGGAACCUGAAACCAGUACCUGGCUGUAAUGGCCUUUGAAUAAGAACCUUUAAGCCUAAUUCCCCAGUUUUCCCUUCACUUGAUGAGGAUGGUUGCCAGCUGCUCUAGAGUGGGAAUUGGAGAAAGAAGGACUGAAGCAUUCGGUGGUGACCUCAGCUCUUUGGUCUUUGGAGCCUUCUGUCCCCACAAAAUGUGCCACUGGGAUUCUUCUCCUGGAUACAAGCAAAUUGCUACCACGUCUGUAUGAGGUGGGAGAACUCAGCACCCUCCCAAGAGGCUUGGAGUAAGAGAGAUUUAAACUACUAAUCUAAAGAAAAGGCUGGGACUUGUA